UCCUCAUAAACAGCUAUCCUCAAACUUCUUUCCAAGGAGAGACUAAAAAAAACCCAAGAAGACGAAAUGACUACGUCUCUUCACCACCAUCGCACCACCACCACCACCACCACCACCACCACCACCACUUCAAAUCACCACCGACAACAACAACCCCAAACCAUAUACCGACUCUCUCCCUCCCUUUCCCUCCCAGACGACGCCGUCUUACACUACCACUCCCACGCAGUGGGUCCCAACCAGUCCUGCUCCGCCGUGGUCCAGCCCAUCGCCGCCCCCAUCUCAGCCGUCUGGUCCGUCGUCCGCCGCUUCGACAACCCCCAAGCCUACAAACACUUCCUCAAGAGCUGCCACGUCAUCGUCGGCGACGGUGACGUGGGUACUCUCAGGGAAGUCCACGUGGUGUCGGGUCUCCCGGCGGCGUCCAGCACCGAACGUCUCGAAAUCCUCGACGACGAGCGACACGUCAUCAGCUUCAGCGUUAUCGGCGGCGAUCACAGACUCAACAAUUACCGGUCCGUCACCACUCUCCACCAAUCGCCGACGGGGUUCGGGACAGUUGUCGUCGAGUCAUACGUCGUUGAUAUACCGCCCGGUAACACCAAGGACGAGACGUGCGUGUUUGUUGAUACGAUCGUUCGGUGCAAUUUACAGUCACUGGCUCAGAUCGCCGAGAACUUGGCUAAAAAAAGUAACUAUAAAUCUUCAUGACUCAUCUCCAUGUUCGUUAAUUUAAGUGUUUUUUCGAGAUUUUGGGAUGUGGGCUUGGUGAUUUUAUCGUCGAUAAUUGAAGCCCAGAAGUGAAAAUCCAUAGCUUGGUUGGUUCUGAAACCCUCCUCAGAUACAAAUUGAUAAAGGUGAUAGUAUAUGAUUUUACUCCUUUUUUUCUUUUUCUCUUUUUCAAUUUCUGUGCAGUUGUGUUUGUGUUAUUAUCAAUUCACUGUUAGUCUUUUGGAUCUGAUUUAUGUUCUUUUUUGUUGGGAGUGCUUUUGAGUUACUGUAAUGUAUAUAUAUAUAUAUCAUUGUGAACUCUUUCCAACCAAGUUCAGUUAAUGUUGCUUUCUUCAAACUCCAUUUUUGUGUAUGUAUGUCUGUUCUGUAUGUAUUUCAUGAGGUACAUGUUCUUGUAAAAUAAAAUUAUACACCCAUGAAUAGUAUCGAAUUAA